AGCAAUCUCGCUGUCUGAAUCCAAUCUUUCCCACUUUCCGUCUCUCCUACUUCAAGUCAAUCUCUUAGUUUUAAAUUCACUCUCAGAUCGCUCCACCUUGAAAUCUACCCAUACAUGGGAUGCCAGUUGCAAACGCCAUUGAUGAGAGCUUAGUUUAGUUUACACAGUGAUAAACAUUUAAAGAAUUUUUUAUACAUCACUUGGAUCUCUUUUCCUGCUCUGUUUUUGCUUCUUUUUACAUAACAACCCUUAUGGGUCAAGACAGUUUCACUCCCCAAAAGAGAUCUUCCAUUGGCGGUGGCGGCUUACCCACCACCAACAACGCUGCUGCAGGUGGCGGACGAGCUCGUAUGUUAGCCGGAAUGCCGCGUGGGAGGCAGAUCCACAAGACCUUCAACAACAUUAAAAUCACAAUCCUCUGCGGCUUCGUUACCAUACUCGUUCUACGGGGCACAAUCGGCGUUGGCAAUUUGGGAAGCUCCGAAGCCGAAGCAGUCAACCAAAACCUAAUCGAAGAAACCAACCGGAUCCUUGCUGAGAUCCGCUCCGAUUCCGACCCAAACGACCCGGACGAACCUUCCGAAACUGAGUUCAACCCUAAUGCUACCUACACGCUCGGGCCCAAAAUAUCGGACUGGGAUCAGCAGCGUAAGGUUUGGCUUUCGAAAAAUCCUGAAUUCCCUAAUUUUGUUAAUGGAAAAGCUCGAAUCUUGCUCGUUACUGGGUCGCCCCCUAACCCAUGUGAUAAUGCUAUAGGAGAUCAUUAUUUGUUGAAAGCGAUAAAGAAUAAGAUUGAUUAUUGUCGGCUUCAUGGUAUUGAAAUUGUUUAUAAUAUGGCUCAUUUAGAUAGGGAGCUUGCUGGGUAUUGGGCGAAAUUGCCUUUGAUUAGGAGGUUAAUGUUGUCUCAUCCUGAAGUUGAGUGGAUUUGGUGGAUGGAUAGUGAUGCUUUUUUUACAGAUAUGGUGUUUGAGAUUCCUUUGUCCAAGUAUGACAAAUAUAAUUUGGUUGUUCAUGGUUACCCCGAUCUAAUGUUUGAGCAGAAGUCAUGGAUUGCUUUGAAUACGGGAAGUUUUUUGUUUAGGAAUUGCCAAUGGUCGUUGGAUUUGCUCGAUGCUUGGGCGCCAAUGGGGCCAAAGGGUCCUAUUCGCGAGGAGGCCGGGAAAAUUUUGACAGCUAACUUGAAAGGAAGGCCAGCAUUUGAAGCCGAUGAUCAGUCGGCUUUGAUUUACUUGUUGCUUUCGCAAAAGGAAACGUGGAUGAAUAAAGUGUUUCUUGAGAAUCAAUAUUAUUUGCAUGGUUAUUGGGCAGGGUUGGUUGAUGGGUAUGAGGAAAUGAUGGAGAAAUAUCAUGCGGGCCUGGGAGACGAGAGGUGGCCAUUUGUGACUCAUUUUGUUGGUUGCAAGCCGUGUGGGAGUUAUGGAGAUUACCCUGUCGAGAGGUGCUUGCGCAGCAUGCAAAGGGCAUUCAACUUUGCAGAUAAUCAGGUACUUAAACUGUACGGGUUUAGACAUAGGGGAUUGUUAGGCCCCAAUAUUAAGAGGAUCAGGAACGAGACUGUGACUCCUUUGGAGAUUGUUGAUCAGCUCGAUAUUCGUCGUUCGGGGCAAGGGAAAACUGAAUCGCUGAGCCAAUGAUUGAAACAUAUUUACUGUGUUAUAAUGUGUAGGUAAUGUGAUUCCUGCUGUUGAAAAGCCAUUUCAAUUUGAUAUCAGUUUAUGUUUAAGUUUUGAUGAUCUGUUGUCACUGUGCCUGUUGAGAACAAGAUAUUUGAAUUCUUUUAUUAACUUUCAAUUUGAGUGGUUUAUGAAAGAAAUUUAAUAGUCAAUGAUAUUACUUCAUCUCUUUUUGC